AUGGAUCUACCGGAGAGAUUUGACAUUCAAAUAACUGAACCAGUACCAUCGUACGGCUGCAGUCGUCCUUAUUCGUCAGUAACGUCGUAUGGUUGCCAUCAUCCUUGUCCAUCAGUACCAGUGUAUCGCUGCCAUCGCCCUUGUUCAUCAGUACCAUCGUAUGGCUGCCAUCCUCUUUAUUCAUCAGUAUCAUAUUAUAAUCCAGAACAUGUAGUAUUAUCAGGAUGUCAUGGAAAUGGUGGUGUAUUAUCAGAAACUGCAGCUAUUCGUCGUGAAUUAAGUGAACUUAGAAAUGAUAUUGGAGAUAUUAAACGACAACAAACAUAUCCAACUUAUUAUACUACCCAACAAAAUUAUCCAAAUAAUACAUGUUCAUCAUAUACAUCUUCUUCUUUCGAUAAUCAGCAAAAUCCUGAGUAUUCUUACGAUGAUUAUACUAAUUUUACUGAAGCUCGACCACAUACAGCUGGUCGCACAUUUAAUUCAAAAGCUCCUAUAACAACCUAUCAAGAUCAUUAUAGAGGACCAUCACAAUAUAGAUCUUCUUCUGGUAAUCCAAAACGACGAACAACAUUGAAUGAAAUGCAAUCUCAAUCUCCACCGUCAACAUAUGCCCAACAUACCAGUGAAUGGGGACCAGCCGCUUCCAAGAGCAGAUAUCCUUAUCGACAACAAGCUCUUAGUGUACCUCAUCCUGAACCAUAA